AUGCCCACAGUUGCCAUCAUCGGAGCAGGCGUUGCCGGCCUCAGCACGGCUUGGAAAUAUCAGCAGCAGGGUUUUGAUGUUGUGGUCGUUGCUCAAUCCUUCCCCUCACCUUUCGAGACCGUGGACGGUCGAGAGCAGAUAAACUAUUCUUCGCCAUGGGCUGGCGCUCAUAAUCGAUACAUUCCUCCUCUCGACGAAACCAGCAAGCGUGACCACGAGAGCCCCGAGGCGGGCAUAACUUUCCUCAAGGGAAUCGAAUAUCUCGAGGCUGGUAUCCGCGGCUACGAUCAUCUGACUGAAGGGUCGGCCAAGGAACUUGGCUACGAGGAUUUCAGGGAGUUGGACGAGAAGGACCUCCCCAAAGGUGGUAUCCAGGUUGUCGUUAACUGCUCGGGCACUGGGUUUGGCGAUGACAAAAUCUUCGUUACUAGAGGCCAAACCUGCUUGGUUGCCAAUACUUGUGAUGCUACAGUAACGCGGCAGAACUCGGAUGGAUCCUGGUCCUUCAGCGUUCCUCGCAACUUUCACGGCGGAACCGUCAUUGGCGGUACCAAGGAGGUUGACGACUGGAGCACGGAGCCGUCGCUCGAGACGAGGGCCAGACUCCUCGAGAAAUUUGCCGCGACGUAUCCCAAGAUACUCGAGGAUGGAGGCGAGUUUCGAGUUUUGAAGGAUAUCGUAGGCCGGCGACCCACGAGGGUGGGGGUUUGA